AUGUCAGCCAAACACGAACCAUCUCUGCUCGAAUAUGCCAGAUUUUACGGAAUUGCUCGUGAGUAUACCGCAAUCAAUCCCAGCCAGCAGCUUGAUCGCUCCCUCCAACUGCCACCCGAUGACCCGUCCGUGCCCGAAGACAAGCUGAAAUCGCUGGAUAAAUACCUCCUCACGACACAAGAAUCUGUCGAGAAAGCCAUCUGCGAAGAGAAACUCAAUGUGAGAAAAGAGGAUAUUCGGUUUCUCUCAGCAGUCCUUCGUGAUGUGAGAUCCCACGAAUUGGAACUCAAUCUGGAAGAUGAUUUGGCGGCCUUUCACCGUCUCAACAAGCUCAAGCUGGAACCUCCCAUCUUCAGUCUAGAUUACGAGACGCACUCGGCACUUCCUCUAAAGCCGGUACUCUACGAUCCCGAAGAAUUGGACCUGCCUUCUCUCAAGGAGGCUCCCGAGUAUCAGUUUGAGUGUUUCGUGGAGAAGGCCAAUGAGAUUAGUAAAGAGAUCAGUAAUGAGAAGCUCAACUGCAGCAAGAAGACUUUUAUGCUCAUACAAGAUGCAAUGAAGCUUGGGCAUGUGCCUUCGAAUCAUCUGGAUGAUAUACUAGCAAAUGCCAUCCGACCAAUAAUCUCUAUCCGCUCAGAAUCUCCACCUCUUGACCUUUUGGACGUGGACGAUUUAUCCUUCAAAAGUCCCUCGCCUGAGCCAGAGCUUCAGAUGCUGCCCAGCCCUGCCUCGACUGAGAUCCUAGAAGCAUCAAAGCCACAAAACCAUCCGUCGAAAGAUACUGAUCUCAGCCACAUCCCUGAGGUCUUCGAUUGCGUACAGCGGACUUCCACAGGAGGUGCUGAUGGCAUGACGCAGAUACAUUACCACCUAUCUGCAGCUGAAGGACGGCAAACCUGGGAAAAUGCAACGACUGUAGGCCUCGAGGAGCCUUGCGAAUUUAUCACGUUUGCAGCCGAAAAGCCCAGAGGCGAAGGAAAUCCUCAAGAUAUACAACUCCAGGUGGACAUAAACAUACCGGACCUUGCCAACCACGAUAACCCCUCCCAGAAUCAAGAGCCAGCUUCAAAUUCGGCCCAAUUAGCAGAUCCUGGGGUGGCGGAGAAAGAAGCUAGAUGGCUGGCGACUGACGCUCCGGUCGAAGAGAAUACAGCAGUAUUUCUACCGUCGCGACCUCCAGCAAUCUCCCUGUCGCCAGCCUGCUAUUCUUCGCUUAUAAAUAAUGCAGCAUAUGGAACAUCCCUUCAAUAUUUUAAUAAUGACUCAGAAAAGUCAGACCCCCAUAGUUCAGCUGAAGAGUUCCAUACCUUCAGUAGUGAAGGACAGGCCAACAAAAGUUCACUCAGCAACUUAACUGCUGAAGCAGGUAGUGUAUCAGCUGGUCAGAAUGUUCUAACACCACCAGUCCUUGAUUCCCAGCUUAUCACAAAUCAAGGGCAAUCCCCCAGUAGGGUCCAGCAGAGCAAUAUACGCGCUUCUAUGGUCGGCGAUAUUGAUUUGAUUACAACGAAUCAGACUCGGCUUCAGACCAAUACUUCUGCCACUGUCCCCAAUCAGCCUCUACAGCAGAGGAAAAGGAAACGCCAGCUUACCAACGAGAGUUUCGGCAAAGCCUCACCGUCUGAGAAGCGAGAGCACCAGAAGCAGCCGGCUGUACCGUCAUCUACAACCCUGGGUUCUUUGGCCGCGUUCAUGGAGACAAGAGGUCGAAUAGAGAAACGGCAUAGGGUGACACAAAGCCCAUACUUCCCAGGAAAAGGGUCAAUCGACGACGUUUCCAAGCGACAAAUUGAUGCAGUGAGCACCGAGAAGCCUCGAAGCUGUUCAAAGGAGCCGGACAAAAGCGAGAACGGCUGGGACACCAUCCAUCCAGCCACGCCACUUCCUCGGUUUCAGCAGGAGACGGGAGAACGGCCAAUACUGUUCUUAUCAACCGCCCUUCUGAAGAGUCAUCUUCGGCUCGUACGCUGUCUUGAAGAAAUGGCAGGCCAGCCAGUAAUCGUAUAUAGAGACUAUAAUCACGAUAAUCUGGGUAGUGAGCCACGGGGCAAGCAUACAACCUCUCGCAUCAACAGCAACCUCACUUUGCAAAUCGAAGCAGAUAUCAUAAUCUCGCCAAGUACUGGUAUAAUACUGACAACAUCGCAAGCGACAACGCAACUAUAUCUGCCCGGCCAUAAGUCCACUCAUCCUGAAACGAACAUCGAAUGCAUCAACUCGCCGCUCCGAGAACGCAUCUUCCUUCUCGCACCUCGAUAUGAACGAAUCUAUCUGUUCAUAUGCCACAGUGCACCUUCUUCCAAGAAGCUGCUAGUCAAACAAUCGGGCCCAAUAGCAGACAAGCGAGUGCUAACAUCCAUCGCCUCGUUGACUGCUUUUUGCAGCUCGAUGUCCGCCUAUGCAACAAUCAGCCCAUUGCUAGUGCCUUCCCGCCCAGAAACCGUGGCAGGAUGGGUCCUUUCGCUUGCGAACAAGCACAUUGCUCGACUUCCAGAGAAUCCUACGCGGAUUCCGUCCGGUACAAGCUUCACACCGAUCAACUCGGCUCAGAAAAACCGAUUGAGGCCGGAAAUGAUGAUGAGAACAACCGUCCGGGAGAUGUUCCUCCGCCAGGCCGGGUUGAACCCGUAUGCUGCGCAAGUGAUUUUGGCGUUCCUCAGCCGAGAAGACGAAGAAGAGCGGACUUAUAUACGCUACAAAUCCCCUACGGCUGCCAGUUCUAGCUCUGUGGAGGAGGGAGGUACACAAGGCCUUGCUAGGUUUAUCGAGAUGGAGCCAGAUCGAAGAAAGGAGGUCUUCGGUGAGCUCAUAGGUGACAGGAUGAUGGGGCGAAUCAACCAUAUCCUCGACAAAGACUGGCAAUGUGACUGGGCCCUUAACUUUGACGCUGAUACGGAACUAUGA